AUGGGCAAUCUGCAUGCGCUCAUUCCCAGCAAGUUCAAAUAUAGGUUCCCCCGGGAGAGGAUUCCCCGGCACCAGAGCUACGAGGUCCUUGCAGUAGAAGACAAUCCGAACGCGCCGCCCUUGGCCCCCCUCCCCCCGAAGAAGCCGCACAAGAAGAAGUCGAUAUUUGGCAUCGCCAAGCGUGUGCAGCAGCGGAGACUCGAGACGCAGCAAGCAAGCGAUAGCAUCAUGGGGGCAAGUCGAGACUAUUCGAAACUUGAGACUUGGGGAGCCAGGGGCUGGGUAAAGGACUUCAACUGUUUCCUCUGCACAAGCACAGACUAUGUCAGCGAAGAGCAGACGCAGCUGGAAGUCGAAAAUGCACAGCUGGACGAGGCGCUAGCAGAAUACCAAGAAACAACGAGGGCUCAGGCACUGCAGCUGACGGAAGCGAAGAAGGAAUUCGAGCAGAGACUCUUAUCCAAUCAGAGAGAACGCGAAGAAGCUGCUAGGGAUAUCGUGGCCGUAAAAGACGCCUUGCAACGCAUCCAAGAGGAGCGCGAUCAUUUGAUGGAGCAGCAGAAAGAGUCAGAUUCACGGCAAUGCCAUGAACAGUUUUAA